AUGCGACCAAUUUUUAGCAUAUGUUUGUGUUUGGCAAGCAUAAUUAGUACUGUCUUUGGGGUAACUACUAUAUCCCAGGACUUGUACGCUUUUGGAAGCGCAAACUAUUUGAGUGAUCUUGUUAUCAAUCCCGGAAUCACCCUUUCAUACGAUAACAGGUAUCUUCUUUCGCCGAACAAUUUUGUCGGCGAUGUUACUGUCAAUGGCAAAUUGUUCAUUGGCGAUAGUGGAAUAAAUCUUGGAAUGACCGUUGCCUUUUUGAAAGGAGUUACCAAUAAUGGACAGCUUGUUCUCAAUGCUACCAACGAAAUUGCUGCGCCCACAUUUGCUUUUACAGGACUCUAUUUCGUUAAUAAUGGAGAAAUGUUUUUAGCGGGCGAAGGAAGUGUUGGAGCCUCAGUUAUGAACAUUUGGCCUCUCUUGGUGACAGUUCCAGAAAACCAUGGAACCAUCACAUUUGCACAAAGCAGGAAAAGAUCACUUGGUGUUGCUCAUUUCGGACAGGUCGCCCAAACGGUAUUAAAUGAUGGUACCAUCUGCUUAUAUCAAAUGAACUUGAAACAAGAUUCCAUUGUGAGAGGCACAGGCUGUUACUCUGUUGGAGAAGACUCUCUUAUGGUUUUAGAUGCCCCCAUUGUUGCACCAUUAUCUGCCCAACAAACCAUUUUCCUUUCCACUCCCACUUCUCAACUUCGAUUCGGCUUAGCCAGUCCACCAACCACUGUGACAAUUGCCGGAUGGGGUAACGGCAACAGAAUCGGCUUCCAAGGUGUCGUCACAUCAGCUAGUAUAUCUGGAUCAAUUUUAACUGUGUAUGUUGUUCUCAUCCGUUACACUUUCAAUGUUGGCCCUGGAUAUGAGCAGCAAUACAUUCAGACGGGAGGUCCAUACACAUCGGGUGGAUUUUUCGUGACCUCGUAUGUUUCCUAUAGCAGGCCGCCACCUUCUACGGCACGUCCAGCUACAUGUAACUCGUGCCCUUCAAUCGCUGAUAUUCCGAUUCCUCCUCCUCUGACUGUUAACGUGACACAAAGUUCAUCUAGUAUUGUGUCCUCGACUGCCCUGAGCAGUGGAUCUAGUUCGCUUGCCUCUAGUGUUUUGUCAUCCAGUGCUAUAUCCUCCAGUGUAUUGUCUUCCAGUGCUAUACCCUCCAGUGUAUUGUCUUCCAGUGCUAUACCCUCCAGUGUAUUGUCUUCCAGUGUUAUAUCUUCCAGUGUUGAUUCCAGGUCUAGUAUUGCAACAUCAAGUGCUGAAUCUUCCAGUGCUGUUUCUAGCUCUAGUAUUGGAACUUUUUCAUUUUCGAUGGUUAAUUCGAGCUCCAGUGAGCCUAGUAGAGCUAUUUCUUCCACAUCUAGUAUUGAAUCCAGUUCCGGUGUUGAGUCUAGUUCCAGCGUUCAAUCUAGUGCUGACUCCAGCUCUAGUAGUGAGCCUACUUCUGGUACUAUGUCUUCCACUAUUGAUUCUUCCAGCGUUUCCAGUUCCAGUGCUGAACCUAGCUCUAAUAUUGGAUCCUCCAGCUCUGAACACAGACCUAGUGAUUUAUCCAGCAGUGUUUCCAGCUCUAGUGUUGAAUCUUCUAUUGUUGGUUCUUCCAGUGCUGCUUCCAGCUCUCAUGUUGGAUCCUCCACUGCUCAAUCUAGCUCUAAUGUUGAAUCCUCUAGUGCUGCGUCUCACUCUACUGUACAAUCUAGUACUGAUUCUGGUUCUGAAACUUCUAGUGGGAAGGCCACUUCCAUUGAACCCGACACUAGUACUGGUUCAAGUUCAAGUGCUAGCUCUCCCAGUGCUAUUCUCAGCUCCAGUCUUGAAUCUAGUUCCAAUAAAGAGGUUUCUAGCGCUGGAUCCUCCAGUUCUGAAUCUCCCUCCACCAUG